ACAGGUUCUACUCAAAGCUGUAAGCUGCCCAAGUGAAAGUUUCAAGUUUCAAGCACAGAGGAGAACAGAGUUCAACAAUGGCUGGGGUUGGGCAGCAGCAGCAGCAGCAGCAGCAGGGAGUUGUCAUUCCCAGAGUGAAACUGGGUACUCAAGGACUCGAGGUCUCCAAGUUGGGAUUUGGUUGUAUGGGGCUAACUGGAUUUUAUAACGAUCCUGUCCCUGAAGAAAUUGGCAUAUCAAUCAUCAAGCAUGCAUUUCACAGUGGGAUUACUUUCUUUGAUACUUCAGAUUUCUAUGGAGCUAAUACUAAUGAAGUAUUAGUUGGAAAGGCUUUGAAGCAGCUACCUCGGGAUAAGGUACAAUUAGCCACUAAAUUUGGUAUUGUGAAAUUGGAUUCAAAUGGUGUCAUAAUAAAAGGUACUCCAGAAUAUGUUCGUUCCUGUUGUGAGGCUAGCCUGAAUCGCCUUGGUGUGGAAUAUAUUGAUCUUUAUUACCAACACAGGAUUGAUACAACAGUACCAGUAGAAGAUACUGUAAGUGCUGGUCUACAAAGAAUGACAUUAUUCAUUGCAUAUUGCAAAAGGCUUUAGUUUUCUCCUUGGUGUAUGCUCAUGUUUGCUGCUGAUAUAAUAUUUUAGAUGUGUGACACUAAAAUAUUAUCAUAUUUUCUUUUCCCUUAGAUGGUUGAACUUAAGAAGUUGGUGGAAGAAGGAAAAAUCAAGUACAUUGGUUUAUCUGAGGCAAGCCCUGAAACCAUUAGGAGAGCUCAUGCAGUUCAUCCCAUUACCGCUUUGCAAAUGGAGUGGUCGCUCUGGACACGUGAUAUUGAGGAAGAAAUAGUCCCACUUUGC